AUGGAAAUAAACAAGGACAAUCAUCAUCAACUGAAUAAAGCUGAUGAAACGCAUCAUAAUAUUACAACAAUACAGAAUGUUGCACAGAAAGGAACUCGAAGAACAGGAGACAAAAUGUGUAAAAGGAGGUUGAAAAGAGACGAACGCCCUACGGAUCGCUCGAGGAUUCACAGUGAGGAGAAGCCCACGUGUCAUCAUUGUGGGAAGAGUUUCAGCAGCAAAUCAUACCUCGCAAUGCACAUAAAAAUACACACUGGAGAGAAACCAUUUGCUUGCAAUCUGUGUGAAAAAACUUUCCUAACUACAAAUGAACUUAAGAUACACACGAGAACUCACACUGGCGAGAGACCAUACACCUGUCACGAGUGUGGAAAAGGUUUUACCCAAAUAUCACACUUAAAGAGACAUAGGAAAAUCCACACUGGAGAGAAACCUUACACUUGUGACAAGUGUGGAAAAUGUUUUACCCAAACAUCAUACUUAAAAUAUCAUAUGAAAAUCCACACUGGAGAGAAACCAUUUGCCUGCAAUCUGUGUGAAAAAACUUUCCUAACUACAAGUGAUCUUAAGAUACACACGAGAACUCACACUGGAGAGAAACCUUACACUUGUCACGAGUGUGGAAAAAGUUUUACCCAAACAUCAUCCUUAAAAUAUCAUUUGAAAGUCCACACUGGAGAGAAACCAUUCACGUGUGAUCUGUGUGGAAGGAGUUUUACCGUUAAAGGCGCUCUUAAGAGACACAAGAGAAUUCACACCGGAGAGAAACCUUUUACAUGCAGUCAAUGUGAAAAAAGUUUUAGAAGUAAAACCGAACUUACAGCACACAUGAAAAUUCACAGUAAAGAAAAACCUUUCGUGUGUCAUCUAUGUGGAUGGAGCUUUAAAAUAACACGCACUCUUCAGAUACACAUGAGAAUUCACACUGGAGAGAGACCAUUCACGUGUGAUCUGUGUGAAAAAAGUUUUACAAGAAAAGACGCUCUUCAGAUACACAUCAAAAUUCACACUGGAGUGAAACCAUUCGUGUGUGAUCUGUGUUGA